CAGCACCACCACUACCACCACCACCCACUUUGUUACCUCUUUUUGUCACUUUGUCACUCCGUCGUUCCCAAUCUAGAAUAUCGCAAUUGAGUAAUAAAGGCACGCCACAUUUCUGGAUGACUGCAACGUGUGAGGGAAAAAAAAAAGAUAAGAAAAAGUAAUUAAUUAAAAAUUAACGGAAAAUUAGCAGUCGCAGAAAACGUGUUCUCAAUCCACUCAAAUUCGCGAUAUCGGAGAGGCAAAAAAAGAGAUCAGUUCUACAUUCGAUUUAUCUACAUUCAACAAACUCGUCUAUUUAUUUUAUGUCAAGUUUAGGUAUCGUAUGAUAACGACGAACCUUCUUGUCUAACAUUUACGCCAACCAUCUCCUAAUUAAGGAAGAUGUGUCGCUUUUUGGUCUAUCGAGGUAGCGACGAGAUCUUGCUCUCCAAACUUAUUCUCGACCCGAAGCAUUCUAUCCUGAAGCAAUCGUUCGACUCCAGGUUACGACUGGACACUCGACGCGGCCAGAAUAAUGCAGAUGGAUUUGGAAUUGGCUUCUAUACUGACCCGAAACUCGGCCCCGCUCCCUGUCUCUUCACCUCGACCAUUCCCGCUUGGAAUUGCACCAACCUUCAUCGCAUCGCCUCCAAGACCGCUUCUCGGCUCGUCUUCGCACACGUCCGAGCGACUACCGAAGGAUCCCUAAGCGAAGACAAUUGCCACCCUUUCUGCCAUGGAAGCCUGAUGUGGAUGCAUAACGGUGGUUUAGGUGGCUGGAAACAUAUCAAGAGAAGACUGGGCGAACGAUUACACGACAGGUGGUAUCUUUGCGUGCAAGGCGGAACUGAUAGCGAGUGGGCAUUUGCUUUGUUCCUUGACCGCCUCGAACGUCUAGGUGUCAACCCAAGUUCGGAGCCUAAGAAUGGGUUCGGGCCAGCUGUUCUACGGAAAGCCCUCUUGCAAACGAUCGAGAUCAUCAACGAGCUUACCAUGGCUAUACCGGAGAGCGUCAUUCAGAGCGAGAAUGUGGAUACUCGAAGUCUCUUGAACUUCGCCGUGACGGACGGACAUAGCAUCAUCUGCACGAGAUACGUGAGCAGCAAGACUGACGAGGCCGCAAGCCUAUACUAUUCUUCGGGUACCCAAUGGGAGAAUAAUCUAUCUGCUCCGGAAGGUCGAGAUUACCAAAUGGAACGCCGUGACAAAGGAGCAGAUAUCGUCCUUGUGGCUAGCGAACCUCUGACGUUCGAGCGAGAAAACUGGGUCAAUGUUCCCACCAACUCCAUUCUGACCAUUCACGGCCAGACUGUGAUGGUGAACCCCAUCAUCGAUGCCUAUUCAGACCGCGACCCGUAUCACAAGCGUUCCUCGGAUUUCGCGCAAACGAAGGGUCUUACUACCAACGAGAAGGCAGCUCCCCGUGUUACCAGUCCUUUGCCUACGCCGAGUAUCGAUGUCGAGAGUCACAGGCGCAUCCUUGCCCCGUUAAUUCCCGCCGGUGUCGGACGAAGUCGAACGCCAGAGGGUCCAUCGUUACCAAUCCGAAACAAAACACCGCUUGCAUACUCGGAGUCAGCCUCCUCUCCGUCCGAUGUUCGUGCUCCUCCAAGUGACCCCCGCCCUCGCACAGCGCCACGUCCAGAUAAUGGAAAUAAACAUCCUUCUCAGGGCAAUAUCAAGAAAAAGAGGCGUUCGCUGAACAUCGGAGAGCACCCUCACCCUGCCGACCACCAAGUCGAUACAGAGUUACCGAUGCCGGACAGCCCCCUGCCAAAUUCUACGGCGAGAGCCCCCGAUUAUACCACAUCGGAGAAGGCAGCUCGCGUCCUUGGGAUGGCUCUUUAGUAAAGAAGUUUAUUUCCCGGCGGCAUUUAAGCUGUAUUUUUUUUUCGACAAUAAUGUUUCCUUGACGUUUCGCAUCAUGAGUGGGAAGGGAUGUUAGUCUCAACAUAGAUUUCAAGUUCCGCAACUGGUGAGAGAAUGAAAUCCAAAAGGACCCGGAACAGCAAGGCGUUUCUGGUUGCAGUGUUUUCUUUUAGAAUGAGCGGUUUGGGGUGUGUCUAGCAUCGCAGCGGAGAGUAGGCUGCUAAUUCCAUACCAAUAAUAAAUAAAUUCACAUUUACUUCCGA